AUGUCGCAAAUCAAGUAUCAGCGAGGUUUCGGCAAUCAUUUCGUUUCCGAGGCCAAGCCUGGUGCCAUCCCUACCCUCGGACAUUCGCCACAAAAGACAGCAUACGGACUCUACAUCGAACAGAUCUCCGGAACAGCUUUUACGGCUCCUCGAGCGAAAAACCAACGCUCUUGGCUGUAUCGCAUUCGGCCUUCAGCUGGUCAUGAACCCUUCAGGCCCUAUGAGGUGGCUCGUGUGUUGGGAUCAUUUCAUCCGCACUCGCCUGAUAUCCACCCUACUCCUCAACAGCUGAGGUGGAAUCCACUGGUUGAACAGGGGAAAGAUGUGGAUUUCGUUGAUGGUCUAGUGACGCUUUGCGGUGCAGGUGAUACGACACUGAAGAAUGGUCUGGCCAUUCACACAUAUACUGCUACCAAGAGCAUGGUCAACCGAAGCUUCUACAACUCGGAUGGCGAUUUUCUCAUCGUUCCUCAGCAAUUACCUUUGCUCAUCAAGACCGAGUUCGGACUGCUGGAAGUUCCACCGCUACACAUCGCAGUCGUUCAGCGUGGCCUUAAAUUCUCGGUCAACUUUGAUCCUUCGGUCAACGUUUCCGCUUCCAACCCUGCCUUUGGGUACAUUUGCGAGACCUUCAAAGGUCAUUUCGAGCUACCUGAUCUUGGCCCUAUCGGCGCCAAUGGACUUGCAAAUCCUGAAGACUUCGAAACGCCUGUCGCCACCUACGAGGACACCAACGAAGAUUGGCAAGUCAUCAACAAAUUCAUGGGUCGCUUCUUCGAAUACUCGCAAGACCAUUCCCCGUACAAUGUCGUUGCCUUCUCUGGCAACUACGUCCCCUAUCGCUAUGAUUUGACCAAGUUCAACGUGAUGGGUUCCAUUUCGUAUGAUCAUCCUGACCCAUCGAUCUUUACGGUCUUAACCUGUCCCACCGACUCUCCCGGUACUGCAGUAGCCGAUUUUGUCAUCUUUGCACCACGCUGGUUGGUCGCCGAAGACACUUUCCGACCCCCCUUCUUCCACCGCAACUGCAUGAGCGAGUUUCUGGGAAACAUCGUCGGGGUGUACGACAACGAGUCAGAAGACUCAGGAUUUGCGCCAGGAGGAGCAUGCUUGCACAACAUGAACGCAGCGCACGGGCCGGACGCGGCCACAUAUACAGGAGCCACCAGCGAGGCACUCGAGCCGCAAAAGGUGGGAGAGGGGGGUAUGAGCUUCAUGUUCGAAUCUGCCUAUCAGCUCGCCACUACCAAAUAUGCUAUCGAAGACAGCGGCAAGGUUCAGGUGGACUAUCAUAAAGGUUGGGCUGGUAUCCAGAAGAACUUUCAAGAAUGA